AUGAUCGAUGAUAUCAAUAAAAAAUUUAUUGAACAAUUAAAUAAAUAUAUUGAAUUAAUUCUUGAACACAUUAAAUCGCUUGAACAUACUUCAAAUUUAAUGAAAAAUCUGCAAAAUACAUUUCGUAUUGAUCUUAAUCAACGUUAUAAAAUACGUAAUAAUUAUUAUCAUAAAAAAUUUCCAUUAUUACUUCAUGAUUUAUCAGUUAUCAAAACAAAUAAAAUAUGUUUUCAAUUAGUUGAACAACAACAUAAUCAAUCAAUAAAAUUCUAUAAAAAUGUAUUUAAUAUUCAAUCAUCAAUUAAUAUUGAACAAUAUGAUAAACAAUUUCAGCAAUCGAUUGAAACUUUUAAUAAUCUUAAAACUAAUAUUAAUCAAUGUGAAACUAACAUUGAACAAUUAAAACAAGAAUUAAUUAAACAAAAUCAACAAAUUAAUAUUUAUGUUAAUAAUCUUUUUAAUAUUCAAUAUGAACAAUAUCAAAUUGAAAUAAAUAUAAAACAAUUAAAACAAAAAAUUUUAUUUGAAAAAAAUUUAUAUUAUGAAAUCAAACAAAUUUAUUCAGAAGAAAAAAAUUCUUUCUUUGAUUCAAAAAUAACAUUUGAAAUUCAUUCUAAAAAACUCUUUCAUGAAAAACAACAAGAAUAUAUUGAUCAACUCAAACAAAAACAACAAAUCCUUAAAAAUGAAGAAAUAACAUUAAAAAAUAAUCUUAAAAAUAGUAAAGAUUUUAAUCAAAACCAACUACAUCAAUUUCAUACAGAAUAUAUAAAUCUUAUGAACGACAUUACUCAAAUGAAACUCAAUAUUCAACAAAAAAAAACUGAUUUAUUACCAUUGCAAAAUGAAUUAUCUUUUUAUCGUAAAAUAAUCAAUAAGAAUAGAUCUAAUUUUACUCAAUCAAAAAAUCAACCUUUACGCGUACUACCAACAACAACAACAAUGAAUACAGAAGAAAUCAAACAUGAAUCAACUCCAUUAAUAAAUAAACUCAAUAAAACUAUAUUACAUUCUGAACAACAGCAACUACCUAUUGAAUCUACUAUCGAAUCUGAAUCGACUAAGUUCAAAUCUGAAAAAAUAAUGCCUGCGACGGCAAAAUUACAUCGUUCAGAAUCGUUGGGACCAAAUUUACAAUCUCGUCUGGAAGCACUUGAAGUUGCUAUGGGUGUACGACUUAAUGUAGCUAAACGACAAGGACGUCAUUCAUUAUCAAAUACUACAAGUUCUUCACCAAUGCAACUUUCACCAACAUCAUCAUCAACAACAACAACAACAGUAGCAACAAUCAAUACAAGUAUAUCUAAUUCACUUUCAACAUCAACUCGCCAUAAUAUACCCAUACGCACUGGUCAAGGUGUACAACGAUCUGCAUCAUCAUGUGAUGCUGAAAAUCGUCCCGGUCCUAUAAAACGUCUUAAACCUUCGCUACCUAAUGAAAAUAGUUCAUCAUCCUCAUCAUCAACUGUUGCUGCUAUUGCAACUAUAAAAAAAUAUCCACCAUCAGUUCGUCGACCAUUACCAACAUCAAAUGUAACACCAACACGUCCAACACAAUCAAAACAAUCAACUCCAAUUAAACAACGUUCAUCACCAAUGGAUACAUCAUCACCACGUUUAUCACGUUCGUCAACAGCUAGUAAUAAUAGUUCAUCAAAUAGUUCAAAUUAUCGAACACCAAUUGGUAGUAUAUCACCAAAAACUUCUCAUACUCCAUCACCAAAAUCACAAAUAAUUAAUUCAUUACCAAAUUUAACAACAACUAUUUCACAUAAAAAAUCUUUAUUAAUAUUUGGUGAACGAUUUUCUGAUGAUAUAAUUAAAAUAAAUUUAUUAUGGAUUGAUUUAAAAGAACUCGAUAAUGAAAGUCGUUCGGAAGUAAAUUUACAAUUUGGUUCAAUAGAAAAUUUUCUUCGUGAACAAAGUUUAUUUUUUAAAAAACAACAACAGCGAUUAAAACUAGCAUCAAAAAAUAAGACGAAUGUUAAUCGAUCACGUUUUCACUUAUCAAUUACGAAGAAGGAUCGACUAGAACUUCUCUAA